AUGGAGGAGGAAAGUGCAAUAAGUUCAAGCGAGUUGCGCGAGGCGCCUCAAACGGACUCAUUAAUCAACGGUAAUGUUACUGAAAAGGAAACAAAUCAUGCGAUCGACGAAAAAGAAGCGAAUGUUAGUGCAUGUGUGAACAAUAAAGAUGAGAGCGGUGUUAUUCUAGAUGGUUUAGAGGACAAUAAAAAUGUGACAGUUGAAUCGUUUUUAGAAAACGAAGUUUGUGAAGUGAUUGACGACGCGCGGUCUUUAGGAGACCUGGACAGUUUACCCGCGGGCGACGAGCUGGCACUCGGAGCUGCGGGUAGUGACAGUGGAGUAGAGGGAUGUGGUCGAGCUCUUAGCAGCGGUGGAGGCUCCCGGUCGUGUGCUUCGAGUGUAGUGUCGUGCGGCUCAGGCUGCGGCUCUGAAAGUUCAUCUCUAGCGGGAGCGCCGCUACGUACAAGACGCCGUGUCAAUGUCACAGUCAUAGAAUCAAAGAAAAGUUCUCCUCUUGGAUCUUCCACGCCCCGUCCGACCACCGCGCCACGUGGUCCCAAUCUAGCAACCCGAGAACGCGCCAGAAGUAGAGAGAAGCCAACGCCACCUGAAAAGCCACGUCCUCUAACACCGAAACCGCGAAUCCGGCCCACCACCGAUCUUCCAAACUUAAUCCGUGAAAGUCCUGCCCUGCGUGCCAAACCUACAAAAACGUCUACUGCGAGAUGUCGUACUCCAAACUCUCCGAGCGACGAUAAGAAAUGGCCUCCAAACGGUCCACGGUUGACACCAGUCUCGGACUCAGGUGCGACAAGAGUGGCCGCUGAUAAGUACGGAACUCUACCGCGAAGGCGAAGAGAAGCUGAUACAGAAAACUCACCCAAGCACGAGAAUACACCGCCCACCUCCAGGAGGCCGACCAUCACACGCUCUGCGUCUUCUCGAUCAACAGUGAAGACGAGAGUACGUAUUUACGCGGAGAAGAAUUGCCAGACUGUAUUAAUAGGAACGGACAUCGAAUCAGCGUUAGCCGGGAUAAUACCUAGUAUUGAAAGCCGUAUAGAAGUAUCGCGUUGCCAUCGCGGCGUGCAGGCAAGUGCGCGCGACGUGGAGGCGGCGCGGCUGGCGGCGGCAGCGGCAGCCGCGGAAGCAAGUGCCGCCGAGGAGCGCGAGCGACGUUUACACGCCGAGGCGCAACUCGCAGCAGAACGCGCGGCCCGCCUUUCAGCAAUCGCCGAACUCGAGCGAAACUCGCAGCGGCUGCUCGAACUCGCCGGAGCAGGUGCUGGUGCGGGAGCGGAGGGAUGUUUGCGUGCACUAGAGGAGCAACUGCGGUCUGCGGGAGAAUUAGCCGCGCGGCAACGCGGAGAAAUAGACACCUUACGCGAACAUUGCAACAGAUUACACAGUGAGGCGUUGAGUGCCCGCGAGGCAGCUCGGAUUGCCGAGGCACGGUUGGUGGAGGCGGAACGCGAGGCGACCGAGAUGCAGGACUUCCUUGCGGCCGAGACCAGUGCACUCAGCGACUCACUGCGCGAUGCCGACGCCGAGCUCGUGCGUCUCACUGCCGACCUCGAGCGCAGGCGCGCGGAGUGCCGGCAGCUGGUGCGCAUGUGCGAGCAGCGGCGGCAGGAGGCGCUGGCGGCGGCGGCGCGUGCGCGCUGUGGGGGCGGCGCGGCGCCCGCGCUCGACGCGCUGGCCCGCCGCCUGCGCGCGCUCACCGACCAGGUGCUGCGCGCCUACGCACUGCCGCGCGACGCCGCGCUGCCCACGCUCUACCACAACGACGCCUACCACAGGUACAGUACAGCUCUUGACGCGCUGGCACACCGCCUGCGCGCGCUCACCGACCAGGUGCUGCGCGCCUACGCACUGCCGCGCGACGCCGCGCUGCCCACGCUCUACCACAACGACGCCUACCACAGGUACAGUACAGCUCUUGACGCGCUGGCGCGCCGCCUGCGCGCGCUCUCCGACCGGGUGCUGCGCGCCUACGCACAGCCGCGCGAAGCCGCGUUGCCCACGCUCUACCACAACGACGCCUACCACAGGUACAGUACAGCUCUUGACGCGCUGGCGCGCCGCCUGCGCGCGCUCACCGACCAGGUGCUGCGCGCCUACGCACAGCCGCGCGACGCCGCGCUGCCCACGCUCUACCAUAACGACGCCUACCACAGGUACAGUACAGCUCUUGACGCGCUGGCACACCGCCUGCGCGCGGUCACCGACCAGGUGCUGCGCGCCUACGCACUGCCGCGCGACGCCGCGCCUGCCCACGCUCUACCACAACGACACCUACCACAGGUACAGUACAGCUCUUGCGCGCGCUCACCGACCAGUCACAGCGACAGUGGAGAACAGUUGUCGCCGGAUGAAGAGGCUCGAGGUGGACUGCUCGGUGCGAUAGUGCGCGCACUGCGCUCUACGCCCGCCGCCGCCCCCGCGCCCGCCCCGCUCGAUGACGAGCGCUCGCGCGUCUCCGACGACAACGACAACUCGGCCGACCUGCUCGACUCCGAAACCGAGCCCUGCCUCGUCACCGAUCCAGAAUGCUUGGAGGAGUGGUGGUCGGGAGCAGAGGGCUGCGAGGGUGCGGAGGGCAAUGAAUUUGCAGGCGCCUGGAGCGGCGAGGAGUUAUCUCCCGAACGGGAGUCCUACGGUGAAGAUAGAGAGGGUGAAUCGGCUUCGGCGUCGGAGCGCGAGUCACUGCGCAACCUGUCGGCGGCAAUCACGCAGCGGCAACGCUCCGAGGCGGAGGACGCGGAGCGCGGCUCGCUGCUGGAGCGCGUGCUGGCGCUCGACGCGCGCUUGUCCGAGCUUCUGCGUGCGUUGCGCCUCGCCGCCGCACGCGCGCACGACGCUCCCGCCGCUGCGCUCGCGCACGCGCUCAGAGACAAGAUCGAUGUAACAGAAAAGAACGUGGCGGACGUGGUGGUGAAGAAAUUGGCUGAACUGGACGCCAGUAAGAAUAUGAUGGAGCAGUAUAGGCAGUCCGUCGAAACGCUAAAAAAGCAGGUGGCACAGUACGAUGAAGAAGACGAUGUGGAUAUCAUUGAGAAGGAGCUGGCAAGUUGCGACGAAAAUGAGCGGCGACAGCGAUACGAAGCGCUGGACGCAGCGCUGAGCGCGCUGGCCGCGGUGGACGGCUGGGCGCGCGCCUCAGCGCUGCAGCGCCGCCUCGAGCGCCUCGCCUUUGCGCUCGCCGCGCCGCCUGCGCCCGCGCCCGCGCCUAUAACCAAUGCACUCAAUACCGCCUCCACCACCAACUCCACUCCCUAG